GGAAAUGGAUGGAUGGAUGGAUACCGUUCGCACUGACAUGAAAAAAAAUCCAGAUACAUUUAAUUUUGUGGCCAAUGAGAAGUCUUAGCUGUCGGAAGGAGUUACUUGACUUUUAAUUGGUUUGCUGAGGCUGUGGUUCGAUCCGCCCUACUGGUCCUCACUUCCAUAAAAGUCCGGCUGUAGCUGCUGUAGAGAUGACUGGGCGGGGGGGAUGCAGGAGCCACCAGGAGCUCUUGACCUUGAGGUGUGGAAGACGUCCGACUUUCACGUUGUUCUUGUUUUUGUUUUCACUGACAGGUGUGCUAUAUUUGUGGUGAAUUUGACAAAAUAACAAUGUCAAUGUUGUCUUCCUUCUCAUCCAGCUGUCAUCACAUGUUCCUCUCAGGUGAUGAUCUCACUCAUCUUCCUCCUGUCUUUUUUCUAUGCCUUGCAUUCUUUUCCAAUUGUAAGCUGUGAAUGUCAUUGACACUGCAAUGGAGAACUCAAGCGAGAUUGCGUUCUUUGUCCUGAGCGCCUACUUCCACGUGGGACAGAUACGCUACUUGUAUUUUGUGCUGUUGCUGCUGUGGUACUGUUCCAUAUGUGUGGCCAACACUACGCUCAUCGUGGUGAUAUUUGUGGACAGGAGGCUGCACGAGCCCAUGUACAUGCUGCUUUGUAACCUGCUGGUGAACGAGAUCAGCGGCAGCACGUCUCUGUAUCCUCUCAUGCUCUCGCAGAUGUUCUCCGAGCUCCACCGCGUGCCCGUGUCGUGGUGUUUCCUGCAGAUGUUUUACAUCUACACGUCCGCCACCGUGGAAUUUUGCAGUCUGGCGGCCAUGGCUUACGACCGCUACUUCUCCAUCUGCAACCCCCUGCGUUACACCGCCACCAUGACAACGAGGAGAGCGGCUGUCAUCGUUCUGUUCGUCUGGUUGUAUUCCUUGUCUAUAUACCUGAUAUCCUUCGUGUUUGUCGUCAAUGUGAAACUUUGUGGCAACGUCAUCAACAAGGUGUUUUGCGACCACCAAUUAAUGGCUGAACUGGCAUGUUCGGUUUCAGUUAUCAACAGUGUAAUUGAACUUCUUUAUGUCCUUAUGGCCUUCGUCUUCCCGUUUGCUCUGGUCGUGGUGUCCUACGUGGAGAUCCUGGUGGUUUGCUUCAGUACUUCCAAAGAGAACAAGCUGAAAGCCAUCACCACCUGUACCCCGCACAUUUUUUCCAUGUCGAACAUGUUUGUCGGCACAACUAUGACCGUUUGCGAGAGCAAGAUCGAAGGUAUCCUUUUAACUGACAGAGUGCGUGUUUUCUUUUCCAUAUAUCUGCUUAUUUGUCAACCUAUGCUCACCCCUUUUAUUUACGGUUUGAAACUGCCCAAGAUAAGACAGUCGUGCAAAAGAUUUCUAGGGCGCAAAAAAGUAUUUUUCUGGCAAGAAUCUCAUUAAUACAGCGCCAACUUAAAGGCCUACUGAAAUGCGAUUUUCUUAUUUAAACAGGGAUAGCAGGUCCAAUCUAUGUGUCAUACUUGAUCAUUUCGCAAUAUUGCAAUAUUUUUGCUGAAAGGAUUUUUGUAGAGAACAUCGAUGAUAAAGUUCACAACUUUUGGUGCUGAUAAAAAAGCCUUGCCUGUACCGGAAGUAGCAGACAAUAUGUGCGUAAUGUCACGGGUUGUGGAGCUCCUCACAUCUGAAGACUGUUUACAAUCAUGGCCACCAGCAGCGAGAGCGAUUCGGACCGAGAAAGGGACGAUUUCCCCAUUAAUUUGAGCGAGGAUGAAAGAUUUGUGGAUGAGGAAAGUGAGAGUGAAGGACUACAAAAAAAAUUUAAUUAAAUUAAAAAAAAAAGACUAGAGGGCAGUGGGAGCGAUUCAGAUAGGGAAGAUGCUGUAAGAGGCACCGUGGCAGCCGUGGGGGUGCCAGGACCACUCGGCCAGGCCCAACUGCAACAAGGGAUAGAGCCAUACCGCUUUGAACCUGACGGUGACAGUCAGGAGGACGCUGCUGAUAUUGAUGCUGGAGUAGCACACGACAUAGAUCGCCUUCAGAAUACAGAAUGGUAAAAAUGAUCACUGCAUAAUACAUUGUACUUUGUGUGUGUGGUCCAAUCCAACCGUGUUCGCUUGACAUCUCUAUUCCAUAGUAAAGCUUGACUGUCAUCUUUCGGGAAUGUAAACAAUGAAACACCGACUGUGUUUGUGUUGCUAAAGCCGGCCGCAAUACACCGCUUCCCACCUACAGCUUUCUUCUUUGAUGUCUCCAUUGUUCAUUGAACAAAUUGCAAAAGAUUAACCAACACAGAUGUCCAGAAUACUGAGGAAUUUUGCGAUGAAAACAGACGACUUAAUAGCUUGGCACGAUGCUGGCACUAAAUGUCCUCUACAAUCCGUGACGCCACGCGCAGGCGUCAUCAUACUGAGACGUUUUCAGCAGAAUUUUUCGGCGCAAAAAAUUAAAGUUGCACUUUAGUAAACUAACCCGGCCGUAUUGGCAUGUGUUGCAAGGUUACGAUUUUAUCAUUGACAUAUAAACUAUCAGACUGCGUGGUCGAUAGUAGUGGGUUUCAGUAGGCCUUUAGAAUUCCUAUACUACUGUUGUCUUGUUGUAUCACCGAUGACUUCUCCUAAGGCCUUCUAGGAUGGUGAUGGUGAGGUUGUGCACACCUUACCUCAAGAGUUGAAUAGAAUUUCCCCGUCUCGUCAUCUCCUUUCUACACCGGACGAAUGACAAUACGACUUGCUGUAAAUACAAAUAAAACACAUUACAACAUAA